UCCUUGAAGGACGACUUUAUUCAAAAAUAGCAUACUGAGUAAUUUUUUUCAUCAUAAUCCUUUUUCUUUGUCAGAAAAGUAAAAAGAUUUAACUACUGAAAUUAACGCUUGCAAGAAAAUUUGUUUUUUGGUAUUCAAAAUGUUUAUUCUUCAUGAUUUGGCGAAAUCGGGAAACAACUUAUUAAGACUUCGUGAAUUACUCGAAGCAGGAGAAAAUCCUAACAGCCGAGAUGGCGCAGAUAAUACUCCACUACAUAUUGCUUCUUUAAUAGUCGUCCAAUCUGAUGAUCUAGAAGGAAAUUUGCAAAUUGCGCGUGAAUUGAUCCGCUUUGGAGCGGGGGUGGACGAAAAAAAUAGAACUGGAUUUUCCCCUCUACAUUUCGCAGUAGCUAGUCGAAAAACUGAAAUGGUUCGGCUCCUUUUACAAGCCAAAGCUGACAUAAAUAUAAGAAACGAAAAAGAGCAAACUCCGUUGAUGUUGGCUGCAAAAUUCCAAAAUUUCCAGAUUGUUGAAGAAUUAUUAAAACAACAUGCAUCUGUGAAUUUGCAAGAUUGGGAAGGUGAUUCUGAAAUGCAUUAUAUUUUAUCUCAACGAAGUGUGGAAAAGGAUGUAGUGGUGGAACUCUUAAGGCAUCAAUGCGAUCAUACGAUCAUGAACAGAGAUCAAAUGAUGCCUUUGGAUCUUUAUCUUCAAGGACUUGUCGAGGCUCCGUUUAACGAAGUACUAAAAGCAAGAGAUUUAUUCAAACAAUUUUUAUUUCAGCGCAACUACUUCACCACUCGACAAUUAGAACUUACAAAUUCUAUUAGUUAUAGAAGUGGAAUCGAUUUGGGUAGUUUUUAUAAUGAAUGCUGCAAAGAAGUAGCUCAGAUGAAAGACGAUUUUCUUUCAUUUGAUUGCACAGUGCAUACCAUAGCUAUGCGGGGUUUUCAUAACAACAAAUCUAAAAUUCCCUGCAAUGUUUCGAUUGAUGUUUAUGAUAGUAUGUUAGACAGACUUAUAAAGGGCAAAUAUCCCAUUUAUCAUGACAUCCUGGUGUCUGACAUUUGUACCCUUUAUUUGAGAAAUAAAUUUUCGGAAGUAUGCAGUAGCAGAGAAAAUAAUAGAGGAAUUUUGAGUUUUGACGUGCUUUUCUUAAUUUCUUCAUAUUUAUCACAUUUGCAGAUCCAAGAUCUGCCCAUUUAUCAAUUAUUGCAAGUUAUUUUCCAGAACCAGCCUAUUGUAAAGAAAAUUCCCUUUAAAGACACAUCGGUAGAUCAAACCGAAUUAAUUCUGGUGAAUUAUUUGACUUUUAAAAUCAAGAUGUCGAUUCUCCAUCACUUGAUCAGAGCAAGGGACCAAGAUGGAAGACUUCAAACAUUUCGUGAGCGACUCGCUGCAGGAGAAGAUCCAAACGCCGAAUCUUCUCAAGGGACUCCACUUUUUCUACUCGCUUUUAAUAAUGCAACAAAUCCUCAAGAUAUGGAAGUUCAUCUGCAAAUGGCUCGUGAAUUGAUCAUAUUUGGAGCUGAUGUUAAUGUGCAAGAUGGGCUUGGAUGGACUCCUUUGAUUGUUGCAGUAAUUGUUCGUAAUUUAAGAAUGUUUGAAUUUCUUUUAGAUGUAAACGCUGAAGUAAACCUGAGAGACAACAAUGGAAACACUGCAUUACACCAUGCUGUUGAAAGUGGCCGUUUUCAAAUCUCGGAAAGAAAUGACGUUGUUACUUAUAAUAGGAAGAUACAUAUAGUUAAAACCCUUAUAAGAUUUAAUUCAGAACUGGAAAGGGUGAACAAUUUGAAUCAAACCCCAUUAAUGCUUGCUGUAAAAGAUCAAGAUUAUCUAAUUGUCAAACAGCUGCUAAAGAAUAACGCAUCUCCGAAAAAGAAAGAUAUGUAUAACAAUUCUCUUAUGCAUUACGCUUUAGGACGGACAAAUGUGAGUCUGGAUAUAGUGUCGGAACUUGUGAGACACAGAUGUCGAUUUUCUUCAAGAAAUCGAUAUAGAGACACUUCCAUGUCUGUCUAUGUAAAACACCUUUCGAAUGCUUCCCCUGCUGAAUUGGAGAAAGCAAAAUAUGUGUUCAAAGUUUUUCUGUUGGAUGAGAAUGAAUUUACAGAAGCCGAAAUUUCCAAAAUAGAUGAAAUAAGUAGAGACACAAAUUGCAACUUAUUUAAUUAUUGUCAGCGUUGCUACAAGGAAAUUUCGGGAAUGAUAGGGGAUAAAUUAACAAAGAAGUGUUACAUAUAUACCCUGGCAACGUCUGGCAUUUACUGCAAAAAUAUUAAAGACGAACCAAGUAUGUUUGAUAUUUACGAUAAAGUACUUAACAAAUUAUUUAAAGGCAAGUACCCUGUGUAUUGUGAUGUGAUCGUAUCGGGAAUUUCCCGCAAAUAUUUGAACAAAGAGUUUGUUGAAACGUGUUGUUCGGUUGAAAUCACGGGUAUAGGAUUUUUGAGUAUCGAUACACUCUGUUUGCUGACAUCCUAUUUGUCAAAUGUUGACAUGUUUAACAUGAUGCGAGCAUGCUGCCCUGAUAAAAGAUGGUCCAAAAGUUCCCAUUGCUCUAUAAUGUAGAUUUUAAACUUUUAUUUUAUACCAAACUUGGAUUUCAAUAAUCCUAUUUUAAAUUGAAUUUGUUUAUCUAGCAAAUGUAAUUAAUAAUCUGAGAAAUCAAUUGACGUUAUUUGUUGAAGGAUAAUUCGGUUUGAUUGAUGACUAUUGCUAUUUUAUCGCUAAAUUAUAUUUAUGAUCGUUGAAUUUAAUUAUGUGUGGCUGUUUAAAUUUUAUAUG